AUGCCUAUGCGCUCUACGCUCAUCACUGUGCCAUGGGUAGACGAGGAUGACUUUAAAAUGUACUGCCCACCUCAAAGCUGGUGGACAUUAUUUGCCAAUAUCUACGGUGCUAGUUUCAACGGUGAUGGUCCUUCGAAGAACUUUUUGCAACAUAUGUAUCACUAUUACAAUCCUCCUGACGAGGAUAUAAAAUCCAACCCAUUACCUGCUGGGCCGCAAAGCUCAUCACAGGAGACGCAUGGCUUGGGGGCUUCGUCAACCCCAAAGGAUGUAUCAGAGGCUACUUUUCGAAAUCAGCCAAUAUCAUUUGAUGACCUUAUACCGAUCCGAAGUCUUGAUGGCUAUACCGAGUCAUUUGUCCGUGUCCCAACUGCGAUGCGUACAAGUCCCCGGUUCACCAGUUCAGCCUUGCCAUCCUCACCAGUCUAUCCAGUUGCGCCGUCCACGCAGCUGCCAACCUACUUCGAUAACCCCCUUGCUCCUCAUUACCCUGGUAUUUGGAGUCAAAAUCUUCCCUGGUUUAGUCAUUACUCCAACCCAGUACUGUUUCCAGCUCCUAAUUCAAUGCCCAUGUAUGGUUUUGCCCACCAUCAGGUUUUCCCGCAACCCCCUGUAUCUACCAGUGGUCCGCCAGUGCAACCUGUUCAAAACCCGACUCUUGGCAAGAAAAAUUCUUUGCAACAACCAAAUACAGUACCUGGACACUUGAGCGCCGCGGGCGCAGGUCUAAAUACCGUUCCUUCGAUCAAUAUUGUUCCUCCAACACCUGUCUUGGGUUCUGUUGUCUUGCCUAGCCAACAAACUGUGAAGUCUACCUCUCCCUCUGAAUAUCAACUUGCUGGCAAAAAAAAUCCCUUGUUAAGUCCAAAUACCACUCCCGAAUCAUGGGAUGGCUGGUUGGAUGGUAAUCUUGAGGCCGAUUUUACCUGGGAAGAGCUCGCUCAGACUGGAGAUCUUCGGGUACACUGGGCAAGAAAGGAUUAUGGAAGUCGAGCUGGUGUAGGCAAUGCAUUUGCUGAGCAUUGGUCCGCAGGGAAGAAGAAUACCCGCUCGUGUUUAGGGGUCAUCUCUUGCACCAAUAAGCAGUGUUUGACAAUCAUCCGUCCUCACAGUGUUUCAGGACGGAUUCAACGCCAACUUCUCACACUACGGCGGACCCUAUAA